UGGUACGUGGAAUGUGACAGUUGUAGCCCAUUUCCUGAAGACCUCUGUGUGGUGGCUCUUGAUGCACUGACUCCAGCUUCAGUCCACUCCUUUUGAAGCUCUCCUAAGUUCUUAAAUCGGCUUCGCCUGACAGUCUUCUCAAGAGUGCGACCAUUCCUUUCAUUUGUACACCUUUUCCUACCACACUUUUUCCUUCCAGUCAACUUUCCAUGAAUAUGCUUUGGCACAGCACUCUGCGAACAGCCAGCUCUUUCAGCAAUGACCCUCUGUGGCUUACCCUCAUUGUAGAGGGUCUUGAUGAUCGUCUUCUGGACAACUGUCAAGUCAGCAGACUUCCCCAUGACUGCUGUUGGAAUUACUGACCUAAACCCAGUAUUUAUACCCUGAGAAUGACCUGUCGAGCAGGGCAGAGGAGAGCGGCUCUCGUGGUAUGACUACUACAAACAAGGGAAACAAAGCACUGAAGGUGAAGCGAGAGCCAGGUGAGAAUGGCACGAGUCUCACGGAUGAUGAGCUGGUGUCCAUGUCUGUGCGAGAGCUGAACCAGCACUUGCGCGGUCUGACCAAAGAGGAAAUCUUGCAGUUGAAACAGCGGCGGCGCACACUCAAAAACCGUGGCUAUGCCGCCAGCUGCCGCGUCAAACGUGUCACGCAAAAGGAGGAGCUGGAGAAACAGAAGGCAGAGCUUCAGCAAGAGGUGGAGAAGCUCGCCUCGGAGAACGCCAGCAUGAAAGUGGAGCUUGAUGUGCUGCGCUCCAAAUAUGAGGCUCUCCAGAGUUUUGCCAGAACUGUGGCCCGCAGCCCUGUGGCCGGUGCCAGGGGCCCAAUCACAUCUGUCAUAGGGCCCCUCAUACCAGGCAAAGUGGCCACUACCAGCGUCAUCACUAUUGUCAAGACCAAAACAGAAGCACGGUCUUAAUGCACAAAUGGGGAGCAUUUUGUAAGUAUAUUGGUUGGCGUAUCCAUCAGGCACAGGUUUACUCAUGCUAUGAUACGAGGUGAUAACAUUCAGCAAGAUCUGCUCUGUGACUAUAAAAAUAUAAACAGACAACUCUAAAAUCUCUCAGAAAAAAAAUGAUAAAGGACAUAACAUACUCAAAGAGUGCAUUUCUUUUUAGAGAUUAAUCUGUAAAUUUCAACCCUUGUGGUUAAUGAACAACAAUUUUUAUCAACAUUUCAUUAAUCAGAAUAUUACGCAGACUUGAGCUUAACCCAAAAAUUAUUUUUAAAUUUGUCAUUUAGUCACCAUCAUUUGGUACUAAACUCCUAUUACUUGGUCCAUAGAACACAAAAGGAGAAGUUUUUGUGCUGGGUUUUUUUCCCAUACAGAGAAAGCAUACAUUGACCAGAGAAGGUCAAGCAGAAAAUCACACUUCACCAUGUAAACAACCUGUGAUUGAAGACACAAGAACUGAUGCCAUUUGUCACUGACAUCAAACCUGAUGAGGUACGUCUUGGCACACCAAAUUCAAAUAUGUGCAGUGGUCCUAUGUCCUACCCGAACCCAACAAUCAUAAAUUCAUUUAAAUAAAGAUAAACCCAACCCAAGCCAGUCCCAAUAAAAUUAGACCCAAGGCUGACCCGAUGGCAUUUUUUUCAAACCCGAAUGUAACAGAGGCAGAACACCAGUGGCUAGUGGUAACUUUUUCAACCUGGUAUGACACAGACCAAAAUCAAAGAUGACAAAGAAGAAACACAUGUAGCUUUUAAAGUAUGCCCAUCUUCUUAUUUGUUGAUGAAGUUCAUUCUCCAACCCCUCUUUGUAACAUUUACGUUAGCUAAAUUAAGCCAUGUUCCAGAUAAAGUGGCCUAUACUUCAAAAAUUUGCAGAAUAUGUUUUCGUGGAUUUCACACAUUGUUUUGUUUGAGGAAAAACAAGAAAUUAUACAGUUAUGGCUUAAAUGUUUAUGAUUAGUUUUGCAUCAACUGCAUUUAGAUGGCUUUUUGCAAUACCUGCCAACACUUAAUAAUUUUUCCGCUUGGGCGAGCAAUUCCAAUUAGAUAAACCGCUUGCAAGCUUUACGUUGCACAUAAAAUGACAAUAUUAAUGUUAAUAUUAAUAAGCAAAUCCCUGCACUCAUUCUUUCAAAUGCCUCAGGUAUUGCAAAGUGCAGUUAUAUGGAUCUGCUGCUGCACACGUUAGGACGGUUUGGUAAUUUACACACAAGAAGCACGGACUGACAGAGAACAUAGAAGAAGGGGAUGGUAACAUUCUCGUAGAAUUAUUUAAUAUGUAUUUCUUUUACAUAAUAAAAUAUUGUUAAGCACACAAAACAAAUAAUAGAAAUUUGGCAUAUUUUAAGUCUUCUCGGGUCUAUUCAGCGAAAGCACAUUUAUUUAAAAAACUAAAAUCAGACCCAACCCAUGUCCAAGGUACUCGUCAAAGUUUUGGACCCAAACCCGCUUGAAUCUCGGGUCGGACCUCGGGUUUUUGAAUCAAAGUGAACCCAUGAAGACCUUUAAUGUGCUUGCAGAAAUUCGAGAGCUGCAGCAGAGGGCGAGAUUGUCAAUGAAUAACGAUUUGAAUUUGGGUGUGUUCCUUAUGGAAAACUAUCAUAUGUCUUGAGAAGACUUGGAAUGUAAUGCAGAAGUCAUAUCCUUUAUAUGGUACUUUUUUAUGUGAGACAUGGUAACUAUAUGCUCUCAUUGUAUGGAAAAGAGUCUGGACAUUCUGAUAAAUCUCUUAUUUUUGUGUUGACAACCUGUAUGACUAACUUUGAAUGAUGUCACAAGUUUUUGGGUUAACUUUAGCUCCAACUUGAGUCACCUGUGCUUGAUAUUGUCCACUGACUGAUAUACUGAGGGGAAAAACUAAAUAUAUUCACUGUUCUAUCAGAAAUGGUAUAAGAAAUAAGGAUCUUGUAAUUCACAAAGCAAGCAAAACUUAUUUUCUGUUAUCAAAUUUCUUUCCUGUUGAGUUCAAUUCCAUUUAGUGGAAUGAUGUUUACAAGUUAUAUUCUGAGGAAUAUGACCAGGAGAGGCAAUAAACUACUGUAUUUAUGCAUGUGAGAGCAGAGGCCCUGUUAAAAUGUCUGGCAGGUGAUGUUCAUCUUUUGCAGACAUGAGUUAUGGGAGAGCCUAUCCUUAAAAACAUCGCAAAGAGGAGGCAUUUAUUUGCAUUUAGAAAAUAUUUGAAGUUGGUAAACCGUGUUGGUAAAAGUGUUGAUCAUAACUUUGUUCAGAGUCGUAGAGCUGUAGUUUUGUUGUUCUGUGCUUUGUAUGGAUGGGCUGGUCGCAUUUAAUUUCCAGAAGCAGCCCAGCACAGGCUUUAUUGUUGAAUCGUUAGCUAAUGAUCUCUGAUGUCUUACUCCAACUAAAAUCUUUGUUGUUUUUCUUGCUGGAAAACAGAAAAAAACUGUUAUUUAUAUGAACAAAAAAUAGUUUGAUAUCAAUUUUGCAAUUGUACCAAAAGUGGCUUAUUAUUGAAGUCUGAUUGCUUUUCUAGUAAAUAGACACGUGCAACGGGGUAGCGCGUGGCGUACUGUGUAUGUGGUCAGGUGACAGUGUUGUUCACUGUGUAAGUGUCCUGCUGUAUUCUUUAAAUGAAUAUUAUGACGUAAUAUAGAUGAUGUACAGAAGCCAGUCAUUCAUAUUGGCUCCUUCCAUAUCUCUGUAAUGAAGAUGUGUUGCGCACAGAACAUCUGGGUUUUGUUGAAUGAUAAAACUUCCAGCUUUACUGCAGCUGACUAUAACAAACACAGUGUGGCGCUUCAUAACAGUGCAUAGUCAGUUUGUGGUUCUCUUCCAGCACAGGCAGUUUGGCAAAACACAAUUUAUCUGUGUUUUGGGACAACAUUUGAACAAGAAUAGCAAGAACUAAAUUUAAAUAAUCUGCAAAGUGAUGAAGUUGUGGAUCUGUUCCAAAACCUAGUGAACUGACCAGCAUUUUAACACCAUGUCUACGCUGGACGCGACAGUUGGUGUUUCGUGCCACACUGCAACAGCUUGAUUCUGUAUACACCGGAUGCGACAAAGCAACUGCAAAUCCAUUUGUUCUUCAUGUCAGAACUUAAGUAGCGCAAACACUUGAAGUACGACAGAAAUAGAACGGAACAUCAGUUUACUGUCGGAAAUUUGUAGUGUCGCACUGCAUCCAGUGUAGACAGCAUCACUGAUUAUAAUGGGUUCUAUCUGCUUUUGUGUCUGUUGUAGACACUGUGUAGAGCGUCAUAUGUGCUUCCCCAACAUGAAGACUGAGACGUGCUAUCUGGGUUACUUGGUAUCUUUUUGAACAAAGGUGUCUGCUAAAGAGCACUUAAUCUGGAAAACAUCUGUUGUGUACAAACAUCUAAUAAACAUCUUAGAAAAAGCAGUUUUACAUAUAUUCUAAAUCAUAAACAUCUUUAAGACAUUUUCUAAAUGUCUAUUCAACAUCUGACAGGAAACGUCUUGCAGAUGAGCAAACACGUGCAACAAAAAUGACAACAAAUUGCAGAUGUAAAUGUAGCCAUCAAAUAAACGUCUCCAUGAUGUACGUGUGCUAUCAGGCAAGGAAGCAUUGCAUGUGUCCUUCACAAACAGGUAACCAGCUCACUGAAAAAUUAAAGAAAUCUAUCCAUCCAUUCUCCAAAGCGCUCGUCUUAUGUAGGGUUGCAGGGAUGCCGGAGCCUUUCCCAGCAUCUCGGGUCAGAUAGGCAGGGAAACAAAAACACCCUAAAUGUCAGUUAUAAAUAGCCAAUACUUGCUGAGGGAAAUAUGCAGAAGAAAAAUACAGUAGAGGGGGACUUUUAUCCACUGGGAGUUGAUUUGAUUGUGGAGGGGCUGAAAAUGAAAGAGGAACAGGAAAGUUAUUACAUUUAGUAACUGUAAUCAUUGCUAAAAUGUGUGUAUAGAAAUAAUCCAAAAGGGAUUGUUUACCCAAUAUUUGUUUGUGGUAUGUGUGGUUUUUUUUUUCUUUCUAUUGAAUUUGACUGAGUACAGUGUUUGCCUCCCAUGUAGAAUGUCACUUCAGUACAGAUCAGUUCAAGAAUCCGUUUUAGAUAGAUUGCUGCCUACUGGUAAGUCUGGUAGCAGACAGCAAGGCAUUCCUUCACUAGGUUUUGGAACAGAGCUAUAAUAUAUUAUAAGAAUAUUGAUUGUCAACCCUGUCUUGCUCAUGUUCUGGAUCUGAUGUUGACUCUUGAUUCAGAGCAGAACUACGUACAGGCGUUUGAAAUAAGCUUCAUGAGAUUUCUCUGUGAGAUGAUCAGGGUAAGUGAAAUGCACUAAUGAAAUGGACUUAUUUUGAUAUGCUCUUCCCUACUGUUUUCUCAGGACAAAUGUUCAGUGUAAUAUAAAAAAGUUGCAGAAGUAUUUCAACUUAUAGCCCUGAUGUGUGUCACAGCUGUGAAUCUGAAAGGAUAAGUGAGGGGAAAUGGAAUAAACUCUCUGGCAUGGCAAAGCGUUAAAGACCCUGAGAAAUUUCAGGUCACUGCAGUUGAUCUAAAUUGAUAGUUUACCCGCAAAUGAAACCUGUGUCAUACAGUUAUAGUUAUAAUAGUAGUGUAGAAGUAGAAGUUAUAAUAGUAGUGUGUAUGACUUGUGCCUCUAUAUUCCAAGUCAUCUGAGGCUAUACAAUGAAAUUUAAGUAAUUUAUUCUCUGCACAUCCCUCCCCUCAAACAGUCAAGUCACCUUAUUUCCAUUGCGCUUUAUACUGUACAGAUUGUUUCAAAGCAGCUUUACAGGGAUAAACAGGAAAAUAAUGAUCAAUGAUGCAAAUUGAAUUAAAUUCUUAUGUAAAUCAUUUCUAAAACGACAAUAGAAUUAUUAUUCAGCUAAAAUCAGUUCAGUGUUAAUUCAGUUUGUUUCAAUAACUGUGCAAAGAUCAUCAAUGUGAUCAACUCAGCUAUAAAGCAGGUCUGGGGAAAACAGUGAUGUCAACAUCAGUGCAGUCAAAUCAAUAAUGUUGCCGAAUAUGAAGUAAAUAAGCAGAAAAAUGUACAGACAGCAAAACAAAGGAUUCAGUGUGAUUAAAAAAACCUGGGGUCAGUUGCAUAAACUAGUCUUAGAAGUUACAAGAAACUGCUUGCCUCUGAUCUCGAUCACCCUGGUGGGGCUUAUUUUGCAGUCAUGACUGGCAACACAAGGGCAAGUAAUAAUGACAGCUUUCAUUUAUGGAUGAACUAUUUCUUUAAGAUAAAAAUGAAGAGAUUGAAACUGAUUCACUGUGACAUGAAUGCACUGCCCUCUUGCCUCACCUCAGCUCCGCCUCACAUCACAGAUUCAAGGCCACACCAAUCAGUAUUUCAGUAGUCUGAAAACAUUUCCUGCAGCACACGUUUUCAGCAUAUAGGACAUAUUCUUUCAGCAGUUUGAUGACUGUUGUUAGAGUUCAUUGCUCACAUAAUGCACUCGCCACAUUCACUCUGUCUGAAAAGCAGCUUUUUGGAGUUUUUCUCUUGAGGUUUCCUGCACACUAUUUUCACACAGCACUUCUCUGUGGUGUUUAAUGUAGUUCUUGAAUAAGUGCCACACUGUACCCUUAUGUGCACAAAGUGUUGAUUUUUUUUUUUUUUUAGACAGAUGAUGUUUGUGGUAGUUUGUAUUUUAGCACUAUUGUAAAAUUACUGCUAAGGAGAAAGAUAUUUCACUGAGAUACAGUCACUGCUGUGAAGGUAAAUGUUCUGUAAGUGUGUUUAUUAGCUCUGUUCCAAACCCUAGUAUCCUAAUGCAUCAUAGGCACAUUCCUGACUCUGUUUCAAGAGGUAGGCAGCAACAUUAUGCCUUCAAAUGCAACCUGUUCUGGCCAAAUUGUAUAGCAGUAUUGCAUACAGUAUAUCUAGUCCCAGAAUGUAUUUUGACAAGCUCAGUCAAAAAUGAAUCAGAUGAUGGACAUACUUCAUACUUAAAGCAUACUUUUGUUUCAUUCACUAUCGAAAAGUAUAGAUAAACAUACUUGUGGAUGCUUAGUAACAUUCACACAAAACGCAUUUUUUUCAUUCCACAGCGCUACUUUUCCAUUGUUUUUCUAUAAACGUGUGCUAGACGGAUGUGACCAUUGCGCUUGCAUCUUUUGCAGUGUCUCACGCACAACACGGCAUUCUAAGAACGCAGUACCCGAGCUAAAAGAAGUUCUGAACUUCUAACACAGUGUCUACACUAGACACGAGCUGCGCAACAGAAGCAGAUAGAACCCAUUAUAAUCAGUGAUGCUGUCUACACUGGAUGUGGCAUGAUGCAACACGACAAAUCCCAGACAAAAAAAAAUGAUGCCUCAUUCUAUUUCUGACGUACUUCACGCGCUCACGCUACUUCUGACACGAGAACAAAUGGAUUUGCAACUGUUGUUUUGUCACAUCCAGUGUAGACAGCCUCAAGCUUUUGCGGCCCCAGUCUAAACAUGGUGUAACUGUCAGGGAUUUGUUGUAUCUCAUCACGUCCAGUGUAAACAGCAUUACUGAUUGGGUUCUAUUGUGUUUUGUAGCAUCCAGUUUAGAAAUGGUGUAAAGGGGCCAUUCGCACAGAACACAUUUAUGCUUUGAAAAACACAAUACGCAAGCAGUGGAAUUUGUUUUUUUAAAACAUCUUUUAACUUGAGUACCCUGGUUUUUUUUUUUUUUUUUUUUAUAAUGGCGUGCCAUGCGCGAGACACAAAAGAUGUGAGCGCAACUGUCAAACUUGUCCGUCUAGUGCGUGUUUACAUAGAAGAACAAUAGAAAAGUGGGAAAGGCCCUUAUGUCAAAAUCAAUUGUAUCUACAGACUCUUGUGCACUUACUGUGAGAAGCACUAUUUGUGUCAAACCAGUAACAAUAAAAUGCUCCAUUUCAGUUAACAUGCCUGUAAGCAGGUGACAUGGAAGCUCACUAAGUUUUGGGACAGAGCUAUUGACAUUGCUACUAUAUUAUUGUCUUGUGACUAUAUUAAUUUAACGUUAGGCUAUGCAAUUGGUCCUGCCAUUGUUUUAAUGUGUCUUGGUUCAUCAAUGAAUCCUAUUAAAAAGCAACAUUUUUUUCAGUCAGCACAUUAAUGGCAAUGUUAUCAAGCUUUAGGCUAAUAGUUCAUCACAUUGUUUGUUUGGAAAGCAAGUGACUGUACAGGUUUUUAUAUUUGACACUAGAUUUGUGGGUCAUCAAAUAAAGCUAUGAAAUGUGAGUUUAUGAUUGGUGAACAUUGAUAGAAUAUGUUUUGGUUAUUUUAUCAAUGGGUUAUAAUAAGAUAUUACAGUACUUUGUAUGAAACACAGUAACACAUUGGGUGAAUUGUAACUAUUUAUUAAUUAAAUUGUUGUACUUUUUUGCAUUCUAUAGAUACAACACUGUAUUCCUAUUUAAUGACUGUGGAUUUGAACCAUGCAGUUAACCAUUUCUCAGAUGUGGCUAAUUUAUUGAUGUACUGUUGUAUAUAAUGUAUGUUUGUUGAAUUACAGCUUCUUUUAUUUUGUAUAUGACCAAUAAAAUGUUUUGAGAAAGAA